AUGAUGAAAUUUUGUAGUCGAAAAUCAUAUUCGAAAACUAUUUCUAAUACUCAAUAUGAAGAUUUAACAAAAGAUCCAAUUGGUACUGUACAUCGUAUUUAUGAUCAUUUUGAUUUUUUUAAAUGGUCUGACAAAUUUGAAAACGCAAUGCGUGCAUGGUUAACUGAUAAUCCUCAAGGAAAACAAGGGCGACAUUCAUAUUCAUUAAACGAAUUUAUUUUAGAAACACAAAUGGAUAAACAACUUUAUAAAGAUUAUGAAAAAAUUUUUCUUUCAUAA